AUGAACGGAACAUCCACGGUGUCUCCAUCACAACAAGCUUUCAACUUGUCGCAACAGGCUCCCCAACAGCAGCAGCAGCAGCAAAACCAGAUUGCACCCAUGUCGGGGAAUUCAGGCCGACCGGGUCUACAACGAAAUGCAAACUACAGCGGGAGUCCUCCUGCCAAUGGACAAGACAUGUCGAAAACUGCAUAUCCCAAUGCCAAUACCAAUGGUCCCGUGCUAGCGGGAAACAGCGUCGUGAAACAAGUGGUGCAAUAUCCCAAUCCUGGAAUGGCUUCGGCGCCGCAAACAGCUAUGCUGCUGCAACAGCAGCAGCAGCAGCCUCAGUUUCAAGUGUCUACAUCUGCUAACAAUUCACAGGGUCAGACGCCGUUGAUGGGACUUCUGCAACAACCAGCACUAACUCUAGCACAGCCACAACCACCGCCACAACAACAACAACAACAACAACAACAACAACAACAACAACAACAACCUCCAGGUAGUGGCGCGCAAGCAACACCGAUGAAUUCCAACUUUGCACCACAACAACAACAACAGCAUCUUCAUCAACAGCAGCAGCAGCAGCAGCAGCGGCAAAUGCUUUCACAGCAAAUGAUGUCGCAAGCCAUGGCUGGAAUGCAGGGACCAAACUCGAUGGCUGUAUUCCCCGAUCAAAUACAGCAGGAAAUCAAUACGCGUUUACUCAAGCGGAACUUGGGAAACGCUGCCGGUAUACGGAUACUCGAUCUCGUGGAUAACAUCCGCAAUGAAAGCCGGGAAAACUUGAAAAGAAGCGAAUACUGGAGGAAAAUCUAUCUAGCUUACUUCUUGCCCAACGCCAGUAUGAAGAUCAAUUUGAGCAAUGGCAGUAAUGAAAACGCCAAUGAGCCAUCGAUUAAUGAAACUACGGGGCUUGAUUUUGAAUUUUUAAAGCUUGGCAAACAAGCCAAUACUCAGUUUGAACUAAAUGCAGUAACGGCACCUAUAUACCUCGCUCAAGCUGUUUCCGAAUCUGAUAUUCAAAGUUUCCUGAUUGAUAUUUAUGGCAUACGGUAUCAAGUGUUGAAUACUGGGUCGAUUAUAUUAAUAGCGCGAUUGAAAUUGACAUCUCGCUACGAGGAUGAGUCCGUGACCGAGGCUAAGGGCCAUAUCAAGGUGUUGAUGAGCAAAGAGUUGCGCAUUGAAUGGUUAGAUGCUAGUUGUACCAGUUUUGAAAAUCUAAUCUCGCUCAAGUCAAGCCUAUUCCUGAGCAAGGGUAAGCCAGUUGGAGAGUCGAUACAAAGUUCCAAGGCUUCAGUACAUGUCAAUUCGUUUGGAUUAGGCGUGACGGUAUUGAGGAACCUUCAAGUUGGAGAUAUACUAUCAAACAUGAAACAAUUGAUUGAUUUCAGCCAGCAGAGCAAGAUCAAAUCGCCGCAGAGGGCAUUGGAAUUGUUAUUGUCGACAUCUCAAGCUGCGUCGUUUAUGAAGAUGGGCAUGCCGGGCACUGGGCUCGUGGGACAAGAGCAAACACAACCUCAAUUCAAUGGAGCUCAAAACUUGCAACUUAAUCAGCAAUCGCGACCCCAGCUGCAGCAACAGCAACAGCAACAACAACUGAAACCUCAACAGGGUCAAGAGCGCGGCAAAUUAAACAAGACCAACUCAUCCGUGCAUCUUUCAACCAAUGUCUCCAGCCCUUCUCCCAAGACGAUAAACUCCGAAGACCCUAAGAAUAAAAAGAGGAAAGCCAGUGCCAGCACACCGAAUUUGAACAGUGAAGCCAACAAGAGAAGAAAAUGA